AUGCAUCAUUUCAUCUCUCUUUUUUUUGUGUUCCCUUCUCUUCACAGACGUCUUGCAGGCAACGAUUUGACGCACUUUCCCAAAGGAGCAUUCUCCGGCCUCUUCAAUCUCAAAGUGCUGAUGCUUCAGAACAACCAGCUACGACAGGUUCCAGGUGAAGCCCUUCAGAACCUCAGGAACCUCCAUUCUCUUCGUCUGGAUGCCAACCACAUCUCCAGUAUUCCUCGGGGCUGCUUCGACGGCCUCCAGUCUCUACGUCACCUGUGGCUGGAUGACAACUCCCUGACAGAGGUGCCGGCUGACGCCCUGGAGGCCUUGUCCUCCCUUCAGGCCAUGACCCUGGCUCUCAACAGAAUCACACAUAUACCUGACCGGGCCUUCACUAACCUCUCCUCCCUCGUGGUCCUGCAUCUCAAUAACAAUAGAAUCCGCACCCUGGGAACGCAGUGCUUUGACGGCCUCCAGAGCCUGGAGACUCUAGAUCUCAACUACAACAACCUGGAAGAGUUCCCUAUUGCAAUCAGAGCACUGAGCACCCUGAAGGAGCUGGGCUUUCACAGCAACAACAUCAAGUCCAUCCCUGAGCAUGCCUUCACUGGAAACCCCACUCUCCUGACAAUAUUCUUCUACGACAACCCCAUCCAGUUUGUUGGCCAGUCGGCCUUCCAGCACCUCCCUGAGCUGCGGACACUAUCUCUGAAUGGUGCAGCAGAAAUCACAGAGUUCCCAGACCUCACUGGCACCAAGAGUCUUGAGAGCCUGACCAUCACUGGAGCUCGCAUCACAUCACUACCCACCACUGUGUGUGACCAGCUACCCAACCUGCAAGUGCUAGAUCUGUCCUACAACAUGAUCCAGUCUCUGCCAAGCUUCAGAGGAUGUGAGAAGAUUCAGAAAAUUGAUCUGCACCACAAUGAGAUUGAAGAGCUGCAAGCAGACACAUUUCAGGGGCUGACUUCCCUACGGUCUCUUGACCUGGCCUGGAACAAACUGUCGUCUCUGGACCCUCUCUCCUUCUCCAGUCUGCCUGCCCUCAUCAAACUUGAUCUUACUUCCAACCGGUUGUCCUCUCUGCCUGUAUCGGGGCUCCAUGGACUCACACACCUCAAACUAUCCGGCAACGAGGACCUGCAGGAGCUACUGCCCGCUGAGAGCCUCCCCAAACUGAGGGUGAUGGAGCUGCCCUAUGCCUUCCAGUGUUGUGCCUUCGUCUCCUGUGAGAAACACUCCUCUCCCUGGGACCGAGACAAUAACAACAAUGGGAAGGAAGACUUUGGGAGGAGGGAGGGCGUCUUGUCUAACCAAGAAGACCACGAGUUGGAGGACUUUCUGCUGGACUUUGAUGAUGAGCCCAAAUCCCACCACACUGUCCAGUGCUCCCCAGCACCUGGUCCGUUCCGUCCUUGCCACCACCUGUUUGGCAGCUGGUUGAUCCGUAGUGGUGUGUGGGUCAUUGCUACUCUCUCCCUGGUCUGCAACACACUGGUGAUGGUCUCCAUCUUCCUCUCCCCAUCCUUCCUGUCCCCUGUGAAGCUGCUGAUUGGCCUGCUGGCUCUGGUAAACAGUCUGAUGGGGCUGUGGUCUGCCACGCUGGCCACCGUCGACGCCUUGACCUUCGGGAGCUUCGGCCGCUACGGGGCCCGCUGGGAGAGCAGUACGGGCUGCAAGCUGACCGGCUUCGUCUCCAUCUUCGCUUCUGAGACAAGUAUCUUCCUGCUGACGGUGGCCGCUCUGGAGAGGGGGCUGUCGAUACGGAGAGGCAAGGCCGCCGAGGGGAAGACUUGGACGGGGACGCUGAGGCUGGUGGCGGCCCUGUGUUUCCUCCUGGGCCUGGCUAUCACUCUGCUCCCCCUGCUGGGGGACUACACGGUCUCCUCCAUCUGUCUCCCCAUGCCCUACGGAGAGCCCUCCUCUCUGGGCUUCAUGGUGGCUCUGGUCCUGGUCAACUCCCUAUGCUACCUCAUUAUGACCGUCACAUACACCCGCCUCUACUGCAGCCUGCAGAAAGGAGAGCCAGACAACCUGUGGGACUGCUCCAUGAUCCGUCACGUGGCCUGGCUGUUGUUCACCAACUGUCUCCUCUACUUCCCUGUAGCUUUCCUCUCCUUCUCCUCCCUGCUGAAACUUCCCUCAGUAGGGCCUGAGGUGGUGAAGUCGGUGCUUCUAGUGGUGGUUCCUCUCCCGGCCUGCCUCAACCCUCUACUCUACGUCCUCUUCAACCCUCACUUCAGAGAGGACCUGGGCCUGCUCCACAGACGGACCCGUGGCGCCCUGCAUCUCAGCAGACCCCGCCGCCUCAGCCUCGUCUCGCUCAACUCGGAGGACGCAGAGAAACAGUCAUGUGACUCCACGCAGGCCCUGGUCACCUUCGGGGUGUCGGAGGAAGAGGAGGAGUCUAGGGGGGCGGGGCAGCAACCCAGCGCCGAGGCACACCACCCUCCGGUUGCCUUCAUCCCCUGUCGCUAGGCAGACUAGCCUUCAGGCCUCAGUGUUUUUACCCCCAGGGCUGCAGGCCCUAUAUCGACCCCCUACACACAGACAGAGACUGUGUUAGAGCAGCACAUGUAGCCAGAGAGGAAGGAUGAAGAAACAAGGCCACUGCCACACGGACAUGAACAUGACACAAAAUGGCCGCCGUGGCUCUCCUCUGACCAUCAGAACUCUUAAUAUACAGCUAGAUAGACUCCAUUGUCCUGGUAUGCAUUUCUCUAUCUGUCUGUACAGUACCAGCUAUGUGUAUACAUACACUGACUGUUCUAUGUUGUGGCCUGGCCUGGCAGCUUGAUGCCGGACAGAAGCAGGACUGAUUAUGUUAUGAACACAGUUAUGAUCACCAUAUGAACAGUUAUGAUCACCAUAUGAACACCAUAUGAACACCAUCUGAACACAGUGGCCAUGCUCUUUUAAUGAAGGUACUUAACUCUAUAAUAUGUAGGCCAGGAGGAGGAGGAGGAGGAGGAGGAGGAGGAGGAAGAAAUUCCACACUGCAUCAUUGCUUCAUUUUAUUUCAGUUACAUCCCUAAGAUAAUAUACCUAAUUUGAGAGUUUAAACAGUCUCUCUGACAGUUAUACAAAUACAAGCUAAGUUUUGUGAGAACAAUUUGUAAGGACUGUGUGUGUGUGUGUGUGUGUGUGUGUGUGUGUGUGUGUGUGUGUGUGUGUGUGUGUGUGUGUGUGUGUGUGUGUGUGUGUGUGUGUGUGUGUGCUUGCGCUUGCGUGCGUGUUGGGUCUUGUGCUGUCGUUUAUCGAGACUUUGCUCUUGCACAGUUGUGUUAAAAGUGUUGUGACCUUGUGAGAUUGCUCUGGCUGAGACUGCCAAGUCACAACAUUCUCCUUCAGCAACAAAGGCACAAAUGGCAUUUGUUCAUAUAUGACACACUGUGUGUGUGUACCCUGUGUGUGUGAACGCUGUGUGUGUGUGUGUACACUGUGUGUGUGUACCCUGUG